GAAGCUUUCCAUCCCAGGAGCGUGGCAGCGUGAGCCGCGCGUAGUGCGGCUGUGCGGGAUCCGUUUUUGACGCGAAGCCGCGGUUUGUAUUGUCAAAGCGGCGGCGGCGACGCGUCCCGUAGUUCCGACGCGGAUUCGACGUCCGAAAUCAUGUUUCCCUGUGGAUAGAAACAGAGAAGAGCUUCGCCGAUGUCAGCGCCGGCGCGGCGGCGUCAGCGUGCUUCAAAAUGGUCGCUGCUGCUGCUGCGCUCCCCGAGGCGAGCAACGCCGUUGUUUGAAGUGCCUGCUCUGGAUUUCGCCUCCUGGAACGCCGGCAUCGGUUCCUUUAUCUGAGGUUGUGCGGUGCGUGCAACAUUCGGUUCUAGGCGUUCGCGUCGCCUCCUCUCUGGAUUACCACUGCGGCGCCGUGGUCUGUCCGUGGUCGCCGCCAGCGUCGUCGCCUUCGAUAACAACUGGAGGACAUCCAACGUUUGCCGGACGAAAGAAAGAUGGCACGAACGCGGGUGGAAGCAGCGGAGGAUGCGGGCAUCCACAUCGGGCUCACGUGAGGUAGCCGCCUUUCGCCGCCCCGGAAGGCUCGGCCAUGUCCAUUUGGUCGGGGGACAUCCACGGCGGUCUCCAGCUACCGACCCCCUACAAGAUGUCCCACGACAACGAGUCGGUAAAGUCGGGCCCCAGCGAGCGGUCGCGGCGCUCUUCCAACUCGAGGCACCACCACCAGGGCAACAACAUCCACCAUCAAAGCCACCAGCAGCACCAGCAGCAGAACCACACGCCGAACCAGCACCAGCACCAGAACCACGACGGCCAGCAGUCUUACCGCGCCAGCAGGCGCCACUCCCACCGGUCGACGCGGUCCUGCCCGACCCAGGUCAAGGUGGGUGGAGACCGACGGGACGAGGUCAUCGAGGUCCAGAUCCUGCCGCAGGACGACAACUGGGGCGACAACACCACCGCCAUCACGGGCAACACGAGCGAGCGGUCCGUGAGUGCCGAGGACGUGUCCCGGCUGGGUCGCGGUCCCGGGGACCAGGAUACGCCCGGAGGCCUCUUCCGUUGCCACAUGUGGGCGGGCACCGUGCUGACGGGCGUCCUGUCCCUGACAGCCUUCCUGUCGCCCGUGGUGAUGGUGGCGCUGCCUCGCGUCGAGAUGUUCGAGUGGAAGGUCCAGAAGUGCGGGCCGGAGUGCGACGGACUGCUCAUCAGCUUCGCCUUCAAGCUGCUCAUCCUGGCGGUGGCCUCGUGGGCACUGUUUCUGCGCAGGCCCCGGGCCACCAUGCCGCGCAUCUUCAUCCUCAGGGCCGUGGUGCUGGCCAUGGUGUUUGUGUUCACCUUUUCGUACUGGCUCUUCUUCAGCGUGCGCGUGUUCGAGAAGCGCCACCAGGACUACGAGCUCACCUACCUAAGCAUUGUGCAGUUCGCGCUGUCGCUGGUGGACGCGCUACUCUUCAUCCACUACCUGGCCGUCAUCCUGGUCGAGGUGCGCCAGCUACAGCCCCAGUUCUACGUCAAGAUCGUUCGCUCUCCCGACGGCCAGAGCCGCAGUUACGCCGUCGGGCAGCUCAGUAUUCAGAGGGCGGCCGUAUGGAUGCUGCACAAAUACUACCAGGACUUCCCUAUCUACAAUCCGUACUUGGACACGCUGCCCAGCCGACAUCGGAAGCAGCAGCAACAACUUCAGCAGCAGUCAGCCUUCAAGGUGUACGACGUGGACGGCGGUGCCAUGGACGAGGACGGAGACAUCCCGCCUCGGAACCAGACAACCGUGCUGCCGGCUCGGCGCUCCGGACACAACGACCGGUUCUACGAGGAGCACGAGUACGAGCGUCGAGUGCGCAAGCGCAAGGCAAGGCUGGUGUCGGCGGCCGAGGACGCCUUCACCCACAUCAAACGGAUGCACGACGAGAAUGGUCCCGCCAUUCCGAUGGACCCGACCGAGGCGGCCCAGGCCAUCUUCCCGUCCAUGGCGCGGGCCCUGCAGAAGUACCUGCGCAUCACACGGCAGCAGCCCCGGCACACGAUGCAGGGCAUCCUGGACCACCUGGCCGAGUGCCUGCACUACGACCUCAGCCCGAGGGCCUUCCUCGAAAAGUACCUGGUCUCGGCGCCCGUGCUCCAGGACGACCGGGAGGUCCGCCCCGUUCAGACCUGGGCCCUGGUGUGCGACGUGCUGCUGUCCAGGCCGCUCAAGCCGGGCGUCAGCUUCUUGCUGCGCCAGGGCGAGAUCUCGCUCCUGGUCAGCGUGCACGCGCUGCCGCACUUUAACGUCACCGAAGAGAUCGUCGACCCGAAGUCCAACCGCUUCGUGCUCAGGCUCAACUCGGAGACGUCCGUGUGACGGUGUCCGGACCUGCCCUGACUUCCCCCGGAGAGAAGUCGGCCGGUCCGAGGCUAACGGGGCCCUUCCCGCCUCUUUUCUUCCUCGUAGUCUUCUCUGUGCCACUGCCCGUCCCUGGCUUUGCUCAGCUAGACGGCCUCGCCUGGACGUCAGUUCAUCGUCGCUGGGUCCGAAACACGAUGUCCCCUUCGAUUUCACGCGGGCUUAUGAAGUGUGUCACUAUACGCUUCUGGUGCACUGGCUUUCCUAAGGUGGAGAAUGCAUACCUAGUAGUAAACUGACCAUUACCGGUCUGUUUCCUGCAUUUCACAGUUUGUAUCUGAAGUAGCUGACCUUUUGUCUGUUCGGCGUCAUUUCGCUGUUGGAAAGCGUGGCUCUUCGCGACAUCAGAAGGCAAUUAGUCCGCUUGAUUACAGUCCCCUCUUUAUCAAGGUAGAGCAACGUACAUUAUGCCUGCCUAGUUGCCGGUCUACCCUCGAGGCGUUCUGACGAAUGUCUAAAGCGUGCUGACGCGACUAUUGUGUUGCCGUUUCGUGGAUAGUCGAUGCCUUAGCAGCAUGAUACAGAUGCGAAGAGCCUUGAAUCGUUGCACGGCUGGCAUUUUGAUUCGGAUAACCGAGGCCCCCAUCUGUGUAGAGUGCUGGCCACACCACGCUUACAAUCCACCGUUCGUUCAAAUCAGGAAACGUCAUUUGAAACAGGUUGCCGCACUUUCCGGUUUGGUGAGUCAACCACGCCCACGGGUUGAUGUGCCGCCGAGGCCGCUAGCUCUAAUCGCUGGGAUUCUUGAAUUAGCGGGAGAGAUAGUCAUCGGCGCUUCCUGCUGCUUCUCAGAAACGAAACCAAGAGACAAAGUGAAAAGAAAACACCGCUGUCCCCGUAAACGGGGCAGCGGGGGGUGUCGCCAUCUUCAAAUCGUGCCAGAGAAUUAUCUUUUACUUUUUUAUAAAUAACUGCUUUGCGAUAAAACUUUUUUAAGGGUCAAAA